AUGUCCGCCGCAAAGACCAAGGCUCAGCAGAUCAUCGACGAGAAUGCCGUCGCCGUGUUCAGCAAGUCCUACUGCCCGUACUGCAAAGCCACCAAGGCCCUCCUGACCGAGAUGGGCGCCAAGUACUAUACCAUUGAGCUUGACCAAGUCGAUGAUGGAUCUGCUAUCCAAGCCGCCCUGAAGGAAAUCAACGGCCAGACCUCCGUCCCUAACAUCUACAUCAAGCAGAAGCACAUUGGCGGCAACUCGGACUUGCAGGCUAUGAAGAGCACCCUCCCUAGCUUGCUGAAGGAGGCUUCGGCUAUGUGA